AAGAGUUCCGGGGCGCGACGUAAAGCAUAAACGCCUCUCCUCUCUCAAAGUCAGCCGGGUUUUAGACAGCCAGAGAGAAACAAACCAGCGAAACCCUCAGAAGAGCUCGAAGAUGAUUAUCCCCGUGCGUUGUUUCACCUGCGGCAAGGUGAUCGGGAACAAGUGGGACACCUACCUCGAUCUUCUUCAGGCUGAUUACACUGAAGGAGAUGCUCUUGAUGCGUUAAGUUUGGUUCGUUAUUGCUGCCGUAGGAUGCUGAUGACUCAUGUGGAUUUGAUUGAAAAGCUUCUGAACUACAACAGUGAGUUCUCUCCCACUCUGUGUGUGAUGGUUGUAUUUUUGAGUUCAUGCCAUGUCUACUUCUCCUUAUUCUUCUAGUCCAUGGGAUGACUUGAGAAAUCUGCGUUGUGGUUUUUGUCUGUGCUUGUUCACUGUAGUAAUUUGACAGGAGUUGAGUUCUCGUCUGUUGGUUUCUUUUAUUGACCCAUCCUUUCGAGAACUCAACUAAUUGUGCUGAUUUGUUCAUUUUUGUAAAAAAAAAAAAUCCUUGAACCAAAAUCCAUUUUACAUUUUCCUUUUGUUUUGCAGCAUUGGAGAAAUCCGAGGGCUGUUGAUGGGCGUGAAACCCUUUAUUGAGAAGUUCAAUGGCUGUUGAUGGUAGUGAAACCCGUUAACGGGGCGAGUAAGACGUUGGUAGGUAGAAGGUUACUAGUUACGUGUGGCCAGAUAUAAGAUAUGCACUUGUGAACUUGUCGUGGAGGUAUUUUGUAGCUUAAAUGUGAGACUGGUACAACAUUCAUGUGUAUGUGAGAUCUGGCUUCUAUAUCGUGUGCUGUGAAGUAUUUGUGUAUUUGCAACUGAAACUAAACCUAAUCCUAAAACUUUUGGUGUUGCAUUUAGCAUCUAUCGACCUUUAGAUUUGUCUCAGUUUGCUGUCAUAUACAGUAUAUGUACGAUUGCUGUAAUGAGAAGACAGUUAGGAACAGAUCACAUCUUUCUCGAGUUUAUACUGGUUAGAUGGAUACCUGGAUCCCAUCUUAUUACGUUAAUUUUGCCUAAAUCGACCUCCCAGGUACCUAAAACCUGUAAGGUUCUCUUUCAUUCGUUUGGGUUUGGAAUGAUUACUUCUAGCUGAAAUGAAUAGAGCCUAGUAACAACAACUCAGUGAUCCCAAAAUACGCUUCUGGCAAUGGAUCGGUUUUAUCAGUGAUUGAAUAAAGCCGGAUAGGCAGAUACAAGAAUGAUUCCAUUGUGUACACGUGAGGGUUGACUGCGGCUUGAAAAUUGUUACAACUGAAUAAUGCAACUGUAAAAUAUUCCUGUAAAAGCAUAUGAACAUAUGAAUUGGUUUGCGCCG